CAAAACUUGCAAUACUAAAUGCUAUUCAAUGUAAAUAUAUCAUUAAAUUUUAUGGUAUCUCCAAUGUAAAUUCUCAUAAUGCUUUGAUAUUUGGCUGGGCUGAAAAGGGCAAUUUAAAAGAUUUGUACAAUACUCAUUACAUUGACUGGGUUACAAAAUUAAAGAUUUCAUAUGAUGUCAUUAGAGGACUUUUAUUUAUGCAUAAUGGUGAAAUUUUACAUCAUGAUGUUAAAUGUGAAAAUAUAUUAAUUGAUGAGGAUGGAAAUGCAAAAGUUUCAAAUUUUGAACUUAGUCGUAAUCUAUCUGGUGAAACUUCAAGAAUUUCAAAUUUAAAUGACUAUAUUCCUUGGUUGGCUCCUGAAAAGAUAGAAUCAGGAACUCAACUUUAUAAUCUUGAUUGUGAAAUGUUUAGCUUUGGAAUGUUUCUUUGGGAGCUUACUUAUCAACAAAUUCCAUAUAAAGAAAUGAAUGCAAUUAGUAUUAGUGAACAUGUCAAAAGUGCCUGGGAACAUUCACCCCAUAAUCGUCCAUCUUUUGAUGAAAUAAAAAAUGAAUUGGCGGAUUCAUGGAAAUGUUUUGAAAAUACUAAAUAUGUAGCUAAAUUUAUUGCUAAAGAUGAAAUUUCAAAUGACAAAAUUCAGCAUCAUAACAUUGAUAAGGACUCAGAUUUUAAA